AGGAUUGAGAGUUUCAUGCGGAUCAGGGGACUUUCCAUAAUUACAUUUCCUCCACUCCUAUUGGAUCCAGUACUGGCCCCGCCCCCCUGGCCGGUACUUAUUGCUCUGCCCAAUGAGCUGUCGCAGGGAGUUGUGAGAAGGAGAGGAGUGACGUUGGGAGAAACAAUUGGGAAGAUGAAGCUCAGUCUGACUCUCGUUGUCCUGUUUCUGGUUCCUGUGAUCACUACGGAACGUUCCAGCGACUGCUCCAUCAGUGAUCUUGUUGCUUUCAAUGGAAUCAUUAAGUCUAUGGUGGUGUCGAUUGUGGAGAAGUCAGAGAUAAAUUGCAUCGAUGUCAGGGGGUCUGGCAGCCUUGCCUCAUGCCCAGCAGACACUACGGUGGUCUCCUGCGCCUGUGGGAUGGGCUGUGGCUCGUGGGACAUUCAGUCCAAAACUACUUGUCACUGUCAAUGUGCCAAUAUGGACUGGACCAGCGCCCGGUGCUGUAAGAUCCAGAUCAAAUCUUAAUCCUCCAAUCACUUCUGUUCUUUUGUUCCUGGACAAAUAAAGAUUCAGUCCCUUAACCCUC